AGCUUUGUCUUGUUAGGCGUUGUUAACCUCUCUUGAAAGCUAGUUAGCUAGCUAACAGCUUGUGAUUUGCUUUCACAAUACUGAAUUGUUAUUGUUUGCAAUAACUAGCAAAAACGACGAAGAGGACAAUGACCUCUGCAUCUACAAAGGUUGGUGAGAUCUUCUCCGCAGCAGGUGCUGCCUUCACCAAACUGGGUGAGCUUACCAUGCAGCUGCAUCCAGUAGCCGAUUCCAGUCCAGCAGGAGCUAAGUGGACGGACACCGAGAUCGAGAUGCUGCGAUCCGCCGUGAGGCGCUUUGGUGACGACCUAAACGCUCUGAGCUCCGUCAUCAAGAAGCGUACCGUGGCUCAAAUCAAGACAACAGUCAAGAGGAAAGUGUAUGAAGACAGUGGGGUUCCUCUGUCCUCCGACUCUCCAAAAAAGAGUACUAAAAAGGUACCCGUUGCCGUGGCUCCCCCUGCACCACCUACGGUUAUUACGGUGCCAACCUCUCAGGUCGUUGUGACAACGAGUCUACAAGGUGCCACUGCGGGUCCACCCACGAUGAAGAAGCCAAAGACUGCAGAUGUCACUCUUAGUGCACUGAACGACUCUGAUGUGAACAGUGACCUGGUAGAUAUCGAGGGACUUGGUGACAGCUCCACAACUAAAAAGCUCAAUUUUGAUCAAGACAGUCUCAAUCUGGACUCCAGUCUUAUUAUGAACUCCAGUGACCUGCCUCUCUUGUCCCGCUGAACUGUGCUGCUCAUGCGAUGCAAAUAACAGAACCAUCAGUAACAGAGGGCACAGUCUGUGUCUCCUUCAGGAAAGGCCCGGACUACACUGAGCCGCUAAUGGCCACUAGUCACUUCACCACCUUCUCCAGGAACAAACAAGAGGUGUCAACCAUCUGCAGUUUCCCCCCUAAAACUGCAGGAGUACUCAGUUUUGUUCUUUACAAACCCACACCACUCAAAUAUGGUGUCAUUUAAACAUGACCAGCAUUCAUUUGACAUGCUCCAUACAUGGUUCUACAACUGCACUCCCCAGGACAAAAGCUUUUUUAUUUUUUUAUUAUUAUUAUUAACUUUGUGCUCAAAUGAUUGAUCUCUUGAUGAAUUGUAAAACGUAUUUAUUUCAAUCUAUAGCACAAUACCACACAAGUUAAUCAUGUCAAUUAACGCAGUUCACAAAUCACUGUUUAUUGUAUCGUAAUUGCAAAUAAAUCAGCCCGGCUUUGGGGCUCUGGAAUGGUAUAGUUAACUGAAACAAAAUGGAGGAGCUUAAUUUGUUUAUAACCAUGGUUUAAG